CCCGGCCUGUUGGCACGACUAGUUUCCCGGUCUCUACCUCAGUCUCUACCGCUUCCAAAUUAAGAAACUGUGAUGGAUCAAUCAUUGCAAUACAAAGCUUUGCGAAAGGGUGCUACUAUCCUGAAGGGCUGCGUAAGCCCAGACGAUAUCGUCACUCCGCUCUUCGACAAGGAACUCCUUACCCCUCAAGAGCGCUCCCGGGCUAACGCAGGUCAUCUAACUCCGGAUCAGAGAAUGGAAGAAGUAUACUUGGCCCUAGAGAGACGGGUGACAGUUAAGCCCGCGGUAUUUCGCACGAUAAUCGACAUACUAAAAAACGAGCCAGCAUUAGCUCCGGUGGCAGAAAAACUAAAGAAACUCUGGAUCGCAGAACACCCUACCUUUCCAAGACCGAAACUGUCGGUGAAAACCUGGAAUUGGUUUUACAACCCUCACCGAUUCCAAGGCCUCCUGAGAGCUCCAGAUUUGCCUAUUCUUAUAGAGGGCACAGUUCAAAUCUCACAGUACCAAAGAAGAGCUCUGUUUCGCCCUUUCAAGUUUCACCUGACCACAUCUCCCAGGAUUAUGGGACACAAGCAAAGAGCACAGCCCCUGUCCAGGACUCCCAACAAGAUCCAACGAAAUCUGUGAUGCAUCUUACGAGACCUCCAAUGCCACUUUCUCCCUACAUUCCUUGAGUUUAGUCGCUCAAUCAGUGAUGAUGGCUUGAAGGGGGGAAUGACACAUGAAAGAAGUCGCAAACUGCAGGACCUCAUGCGUGAGUAUGAAAAUCAGUACGACCAUUUAAAUAAUGCUAAAGCUGAAGUAGCUAGGUUAGAGAGUUGAAGCAUCAGCUAAGGCAGGAGAGAGAAGAGAGUGAUGGUAAACAUGAGCAACUGAAAGUAACUGUUAGUCGGUUGGUGGCUGAUCUAGAGAUGAUGCGGCUAAAAUGCGACACACUUCAGACCGAAAAUGAUCAACUAAGGCUGAGAAAGACGGCGGCUUCAGAACAGAACAGAGAGUUGAAGGAGGAUCUUAGCGAGAAGGAUGUACACAUUGAAAAAUUGAAAUCAGAAAAUGAGAAAAUUGCAGAGAGGGAGAGAGUGGCUGUCAAAAAAUGCAAAGAGCUAGAAGCUAGAGUAAGGAAGCUCAGUGACAUACACUACGACACCACCUUGGAGCUCGAUCAUGCAUUCCAAGUCAUUCUGGACAGUAAGGAAGUGAGUGAAGAGUUUAAAAAGGAAGUCAGCGUGUUGAAAGUGGAGGUUGAAAAAAUUAAGAAUGCUACAUGGCCCUAACUCUUUCUAUGUAAACAACAGAACUCUAAUAGAGUGUAAAAGUAAUUAGCGAGUGAAAAGCGCCCAUGCACAAUUACUCGUACACCAUCAUACAUUAUUAUUAU